UUCGUCUCCAAUGGAAAAUAAGAUAUUCACUUCCCUUCUUCUAGCUAUAUAUUGUUUUUCCUGGGUUGUUGAUUCAGCCGUAUUCACCGUGAGAAACAAUUGCCCAUUCACAAUAUGGCCGGCAGCUCUAACCGGAGCCGGUUCGCCAGUCCAAACCGGGUUCGAGCUACCACCACAGGCUUCAAGAGCUCUCACAAUUCCGGCUCCAUGGUCCGGUCGAAUCUGGGCCCGGUUCCAAUGCUCCAACUCCGACCGGUUCACCUGCGACAGCGCUGAUUGUAACUCGGGUCAAAUCGAAUGCAACGGCGCAGGUGGCAUGCCUCCCGCUACUCUAGUGGAAUUCACACUAGCAGGGGAUCAAGGCAAAGACUUCUACGACGUGAGCCUUGUUGACGGAUUCAAUCUGCCAGUAGCGGUCACCUCUGCCGGAGGAAACUGCCCGACCACGAGCUGCCCGUUUGAUAUCAAUAACAAAGGCUGCCCCACUGAACUGGCGGUGAGAGGGGGGAACGGCGCGGUGGUUGGGUGCAAGAGUGCGUGCCUUGCACUCAACCAGCCUCAGUAUUGCUGCACCGGCGCGUAUAGCAGUCCAGCGACGUGCAAGCCCACGAGCUACUCUCAAAUAUUCAAGUCGCGAUGCCCGCAGGCUUAUAGCUAUGCUUACGAUGAUCAAACCAGCUUACUUACGUGCCCAACAGGGAACGACUAUCUCAUUACAUUCUGUCCUUGAAAAGUUCUUAAAUUCACAUUGAUUUCGGCCACCCAUUUUCAUUGAAUGAAGGAUUAUAUUAUGCUAUAACUAAAAUAAAGUUCUAAUUUUACAUCAGUUUUCUUCUCUUGUUCAAAUAUUGUGUCCUAACUUAACACAUUAUAAAUCUACAGAAAUAAAUAAAAAUAAGAGUUGAUUGUUUAUAUUUUCCCAUUCUUUUCAUGCAUUGUGAAUAAAAUAUAAACAGUGAGAUAAAUACAAUAUGAGUAUCAUUUAAAACAAACAAGACAAAAAAAAAGUGAUUCCAUUAAAAAAC